AUCUUUGUGGAAAAUGAAAAGGAACAAUAAACCAACUCACAAAAACAAAACUUCAAUGAAGACAACAUAUACCUAUUAGAAAGCUUGCUUCGUAGUUUGCUUGCUUAUAAUAAGAUUUGUAACGAAGACAAAAUUUAUUUAAAGAGAGACAUUUAUUAAAGAGAAACACACCACUAGAUCCACAAUAAUGUGUCCUCGGAUCCCGCACUGUGGGUGCACGUCAGUGAGAAUUGGAUGCCUCAUAUAUGGAUAUCUUAACAUCGGAUAUUCGCUGGCAAGUAUCAUAUUUUUCGCAGUAGGGAGUUCUGCACACCAGAUGGGCGGUAUUGGUGGCAUGGUGUCCAAUACUGUUGUUCAUAUCAUCUUAGUUGUUGGACUACAUAUGUACAUAAAGUUAAUAGUGAAAAUAUAUGAGAUAUUUUUAUGGGUGCUCGUGGCUGUGCUGCUGGUGUUGAUGGUGGUGGCCUUGGUGGCUCUCGAGUGGCUCUGGGCCGUGGGCAUGCUUCUUCUAGCUGUGUUUUUCUGUGUGGUAAAUUUAUUUAUUCGUAGUGCCUAUUUAGAAAUCAAAGAGGAGGCAGACUGAGACGUGAUAAUUAAUCUGUAUAAAUAAUAAUUACUUACAAUUAUUAGUAAUCAGUGAAGUCACGCUAUCUAGAUAAAUAUGAUAUUGGGUCGUCUUUCAAAUGUUUCAUAAAUUAACACAUUAAAAAUGAAUGAGUUAUCGUUA